AUGUAUCUAGCGCCAAUGACAGCUGCACAUCAUGUCUCACCUACUGCAGCAGGCCUUGCCAUUCGAACAAAGUUGCAUGGAAGCCGCGCAUCCGUCCACUCGGACCGGCAAUGUAAUUGGUGCGAUUUUUGGCAAGAGUCAGCCAGCGGCUUCGAAUGUCAGAACGUUGUCACGAACGCCCAUCGGCGUUGUUCUGCCGCAGACAACCGCGUAAGCUUCGAUAGCUUGCCCUCCCGCCUUCCACUGCAGGUCGUGCCCUCACAUCCUUCCAAGACCAAAGUGUGGAGAGGCGAGAAAGCCGGGCUUCCACACCGUGACCGUGAUUGCCGAGAUGCGUCUAGGCUAGAGCCAUCACGAGUCAAGCGCGUGGAUGAACACGACAGCGACCGUCGAAGCAUCGGAUCAGAUGAAACCGAAAAGGUGCAGUAG